AUGAAGCUUUCGUGGGAAUCUGCUCUCCUACUGCCGGUGCUUUUGCUUCCGGUUGUGGUACAAGGCGAUACAUGCACCAACGGCAUCGAAGGCAUCGACGGCAACGGCGUGGUGUGUUGUCCGCUGGGCUGCGGGCGGUGUGCCGGGGAAGGGUGCACUGCAUUUGGCUCUGAGAACGGCCUCGGCGCCGAUUCGUGCUGCGGCAAUGCAAUCAAGGCUUCCGGGAGACUGUGCAGCGAAACCGGAUCAGCCCCGUGCAUUAUCGACGAAGAAGGGCCCUCGCCGACGCCCAGCUACAGUGGCGGACAAUAUGGAGAAGAGUAUAGCGGAGAAGGAACAUACUACGGUCACACGACGGCAGGCAUGUGCUCUUUCUUCGACGAUGUCCCGGAAAUGUACGACGGCAUGAUUCCAGUCGCCCUCAACGCGGAGCAGUACGGCGAUUCGCUGAUGUGUGGCGCAUGCGUCGAGGGGACCGCCAGCGGCAGCGGCUCCGGCAACAACCCGAUCCCAUCCACGUUUAAGGCCUUCAUCACGGACAAAUGCCCCGAGUGCCAGAAGGGAGACCUCGACUUCUCCAUGUCCGGCGACGGGAGGUGGGACAUCGAGUGGAAGUUCGUCGCGUGCCCGGGAGAGGAAACGUCCUUCGUGUCUCCUUCCGCUAACCCUUACUACUGGAAGGUGCAGCCACGCGGUACCACGACCCCGGUGGUGAGCCUCACUGUUGACGGGCAGUCGGCCAUGAGGACCACGGACAACCACUUCGAGGUACACAACGACGGGGCCGCGUGGUCGGGCGCGCAGACGGUGGUGACGACGACCGUGUCAGGCGUCACGGAGACCGCAGAAGUGUCAGUUUAA